AUGUAUCGACUACAAUCGAUAGGUUGCCAUCCCUGCUUGCAUAUCGUUGGAAAUUUCGUGGAAAAAUGGGUUUUUUUUUUGGAGCACGUGCUGACGGGGGACCAGGUUCACCUGGUCCAGGGUAUAAACCUGCUUGGUCGCCACUCCAUCUGCAACUGGAUAAUGAAGUACGACUAUAUGUCCAGAUUUCACGCCCUUAUCUCGGUGCAAAAUGGCAAGGUCUUCAUUAGGGAAGUGGAGGCCCGCAAUGGUGUGUUCCUCAACUACUCUCAGGAUCGCCUGGGAGUGAUACCUCGUGAAAUUUUCGAGGGCGACGACCUAUCCUUUGGGGUAAAACUGGAAGGCGAUGGUGAGCUCGAAAUACCGGUCACAUUGGGUAUAUUCACCUUGAAGGCGAAGUGAGAAUUCGCCAAUCAUAGCUGAGGCGUGGUCUUGCCAACUCCCGAUAGAACCUGGUAACUGGAGGACUAAGGACCGGAAUCCUCUGUGGCCAGAUAUGACGACGCCUUUAUUAAAAGGUGUAUACAUGUAGUAAGCAUUGAUUGCCAAAUUUUGGAAAUCGAUGACCUAUUUUUAUUUCUUAAUUUCAAAAUGUGAUUGAAAGACGUAA